GGAGGCCGAAGAGCCUGAGGGUUUGAUUUUGAUGGGGAAGAGAUCCCCAGGAAAUCGAUACUGUACCAUGUGGAGAUGAAUCAUUUGUGUUUGAGAGCUGCAGAACCUGGGACAGAUCUGUCAGGCGCUCUGUAAAACCAGUCACUCCAGACCCCUCGCUUUCACCCCCCUCACCUUCAGACUCACUCUAGCUAUGUCAUUCAGGAGGCAAGUGAAGAACUUCGUGAAAAAUUACUCAGAGGCUGAGAAAAAAGUCAGGGAAGCGACUUCCAACGACCCCUGGGGCCCCUCUAGCUCCCUGAUGUUAGCCAUCAGUGACAUGACUUUCAACGCGGCCUCCCUCUCGGAGAUCAUGCACAUGCUGUGGCAGCGACUCAGCGACCAUGGGAAGAACUGGCGCCACGUGUACAAAUCCCUCGCCCUGAUGGACUACCUCAUCAAGAACGGCUCCAGGAAAGUUAUUCAGUAUUGCAGAGAGGGCGUCUGUAACCUUCAAAUGCUAAAGGAUUUUCAACACGUAGAUGAAGCCGGCAAAGACCAAGGUCGCUAUAUCCGGGAGAGGUCUAAGCAGGUCAUAACUCUGCUGAUGGAUGAGCAGCUGCUUUACAAAGAGCGGGAGGUGGCGACUUGGACGAGGCAGCGGACCUCCUACUCCAUGUCAUUUCCCAAAAGAUUGCCCGCCGCGGGGAACUCACCUGCAGCAUGUGCUUCAGUCCUCAUCCCGGAAAGCCUUACCCCGGAGAAGAGGCACUCGCAAGACUGCAAGAAGACUGCAAGCCUCUGUGGUAAAAAAAACACCUCCAAGGCGAGGCUGAGGCUGGAGCAGUGCCAGGAUGUGUCGCCGGCUGGCUCCUCUCUGCCCCUGUACUUCCCUUCCCUGGGGAUGAAGGCGUGGAAAUCUACAGAGGACCUGACAUUGUUGUACUCAUAUGAGCAGCAGAAGCCACCUUUGCCAAGGUUACCUCCUCCUCUUACCUCCCCUACUUCCUGGCUGUCAGAAGGGGAAGCGGAAGUCUGCAACCUCUGGGACACAGAAGCUGUGUCUACUCCCCCAGAAAAAAGCCCAUCGAUGCAGACAAAUAUGAGUUUAGGCAAGAAAUUGGAGAAAGCCAUUGCAAAUACUAUCACAGAAAGUCCCCCACAAACUCCUCAGGAAAAGCAGACGGCUGCAGGAAGCUUUGACAUGCCAGCGCCUUUACAAGCAUUUUGGCCGUCAGGUAAAGACGAGUUCAUCAGCCUGGGUUUGAGGAUGUCCAAGUCUGAGUCCAUGUUCCACAACCAGUCCUCUGUGGAAACACUCUUCGUCUCACCCGCAUUCAAAGCCGUUAGCCCACGGAACAAGACCAGUAAGGACCUCCAGACACCUGCACAGCGCAGCAUCUGCCAGAUGGAAGAUGGGAACCUCAAGCCUUUAGCCAUGUGGGGUGAGUGCACCCCCAAACAAGCCAAUGAAACAGUCUCCACCACCUCAGAGGUCACAUCUUCCUUUUCUACUCUGUCUGUAUCGUCUCCUGACUCGGCCCAUCCAGAGAAGUCGGCCAAGCGCUUUACCCCAGUUUUGGCCAGCCCUUCCUUCUGGACUCUGCCCCAGCCACAAUCACCUUCUGUCCCCUUCACAUACAAAACCGAGGCAGUCAGGGUUUGUCACCCCUUUGCUCCCACGGGCACAGCAUCUUCAGAUGAUGAGGAAUACCCCAGUCUUCCAGAUAACUCCGAUUCAGCCACGAAGAAGCCAAGUUACAGUCCCAGCAGCGAUCGGGUAGCAUUUUCCACCCUAACUAGAGUGCACUUCCCCAUGGCGUCCCAUGCUAGCUUCCAGGCAAGCACAGGCUCGCCCAGGGACUCGGAAUCACACUCCAUCCACACUCUUCUAGGUGAGGUGAAGAGUGCCGUGGUACGGCUCCACGAGGACCUGAGCCUGGUGAUCCAGGAACUUGGUGUCAUCAACAGCCAUCUAGGCAACCUGAGCGGCAGCAGCCCAGCAGUCAGCGAGACCCUGCAGGACCCUCAGUCUUCCAGGGGGAGCCCAGACCCCAUCUAGUCACCUAGCCAUUUUGCUGGAGCACAAUAGUUCCGCUGUCCACAGACCUAGGAGGUUCCCAUUGCUGUGGAGACAAGAAAGCAAUGGCUUAAUUUUUCAUUGUCAAGUUUAUUAGCAUCUCCUUUCAAACUGACAAAGCCAUAUUUUUAAGAGAAAGAAGUCACUUUUGAUCAUUUUAGGUUUAGAUAUUGGUUCCUCUGAAACCGAAGAGUAUUUCUUCACAUUUCUGAACUUUAGUCCUAGUGAGAUAAGCCCGAGUGGAAGUUUUGGGGGAGACUUUAGAGUUCAAAUGGCUGUUGGAGGGUUGGGGUGAGCAAGUGAGGCAGGAGGAACCCUGGUUCCCACCCCACCCCGUGCGGAUGUGGAGCUGCUGACAGGCAGCUGAUUGCUUGCCUUGUCAAGUUGAAGCCGCACAAAUCAAGGGCCUGACUUCUCCUCAGCGGCCACAGGGUCAGCAGUGAGGCUGAGGCAGGUGGGAUGAGGAGCAUGCGGGUUUGUUUUUUUUUAUUUUGAUGUCCAGAGAGUUCAGGUGCGUUUCUUUUUUCUUGUAUUUUAUAAAUUUGGUGUCUUCAACUUAACUGUAUAUUUUUCAAAUUCAUUAAAACAACUUUUCAAACAAAAA